AUGGUGAAAGCUAACUCCGUCGCGCUCUGCCUCGCGGCGUCGCUGUCUGCGGCGUCGGCACAGACCUUCCAGCGGCUGGGUACCUGCCCCGAUCUCGGCUGUGUGCUUCCCCCGGACCAGCAGGACUUCCUCCCCGGCCAGGAGUUCGACAUCCGCUUCGAGAUCCACGCGCCCAAGAACGGCUCCGAGGCGUUCAACAACGGUGUGCCGGACGAGAAGUUCACGGCCACCAUCGCCAAGGACGGCCAGAAGCCCAAGAGCAUCGCCGAGUUCUUCAAGCACAGCGAGCCGGCGCUGGAGAAAUGGACCUUCUCGUGGUUCGAGGACCUGUUCGCCGAGGACGCUAACAAGCCGUCGGUGGUCAAUGUCGCGUCCAAGGCCUUCCGCCGCGUGGCGCUGUACGAGCCCGGCGAGUACACGGUUACACUCAAGUACUACGACGGGCAGACCACCAAGGCCCACUGGACCGUCCGCCCGCUGGCCACCAAGAAGAAGGCCAAGAAUGUCGUCUUCUUUAUUGGUGAUGGCAUGACCACCAACAUGAUCACGGCUGCCCGCCUGUUGGGACACAAGACCGUCAACGGUCGGUACCAGAGCCUGCUCGCGCUCGAUGAGUUCCCGGUCCUGGGUCAUCAGAUGUCGCACUCGAUCGACACCUUCAUCACGGACAGUGCCAACUCGGCUUCCGCUCUGUACAGCGGACACAAGAGCUCGGUGAACGCCAUGGGUGUUUACGUCGACUCUUCCCCUGACACGCACGACGACCCUAAGGUCGAGACCAUUGUUGAGCUUCUGUACCGUGUUUGGGGCUCUGCUUGGGGCGCGGUCUCGACUGCGUUCAUCGCCGACGCCACUCCAAUCGCGCUGACCGGUCACACCCGCCGCCGGUCCGAGUACGGCGUCCUGAUCGACCAGGCGCUGCACGGCGUGAGCAACUACUCGUGGACCCGGACGGCCGGCCCCGACGCCUACUUUGGCGGUGGUGCCGAGCAGUUCAUCCCCGGCUCGGGCUCGUACCAGGGCAAGGAUUACUACGCUGAGUUUGCGAACGAGGGGUACUCGGUUAGCUGGAACAAGACGGCGCUCCUUGCGGCACCGAAUGACCAGAAGGCUCUGGGCAUCUUCUGCAGGUCUAACUUACCUGUGUGGCUGGACCGGAACAUCUACACCGAUAACCUGGCGACGCUCGAAAACAACCCGUCUGGUGCCAAGGGCCCGGCUACGGACCUGCCCGGGCAGAAGGACAUGACGCUCAAGGCGAUCGAGAUUCUGAACAAGCGCGGCGGCGACAAGGGCUUCUUCCUCAUGUCGGAGGCCGCGUCGAUCGACAAGCAGAUGCACACCCUCGACUACGAGCGUGCGCUGGGUGAUCUCCUUGAGCUGGACGACACGGUGCGGGCGACGAUUAAGAAGCUGGAGGACCUUGGCAUUCUCGAGGAGACCCUGAUUGUGGUCACUGCCGACCACGGCCACGGCUUUGAUGUCUUUGGCAGCGCCGACACCAAGUACUUGCGGGCCCAGGAGGACGACCGGUCCAAGCGCAGCGCCGUCGGCGUGUACGAGCGGUCAGGUCUGUCGCAGUACACGCAGCCCAAGGAGGGCGUGCAAUACGGCACGGGCGCCAACUUCCCGCUCAACUGGGACCCGCGGUAUGCGAUCGCAGCCGGCCUGGGCGCCAACCCGGACCACCGCGAGGACUAUGGUCUCGGCCACAAGCCCCGCGUGCCCGCGGCCGUGGGCGCCAACGGCGAGGUGUACGUCGAGAACACGGACCGGCCCGGCGGCUUCGUCGUCAACGGCACGCUGCCGACCGACGAGGCGCAGGGCGUGCACUCCCUGACGGACGUGCCUAUCUUUGCGCGUGGGCCGUGCCAGGAGACUUUUGGUGGUACCUACAGCAAUAUUGAUGUGUUUUACAAGAUUGCUAGCUGCCUGGGCUUGGGGCACCCGCACAACAAGACGGUGGAGCACCCCGGGCAUCCGGGGGACGGGCAUGCUAGGUAUUCAUACCUACCUACCUGA